UGUGAAGACCCGACCCAGCCCAACAACAGGAAGACAACAGAUCUUCUUUAUUUCUUUAUCCUUUUGAAACGAUGCACAUGAGCGCUAAAUACUGACAUUGUUGCAUUAACAGGUUGAUAAAAUGCCAUUAUUUGAUGGACUGGGAAGUGGAGGAGAGAAGACUGCGAUCGUCAUUGACUUAGGAGCCGCGUACACAAAAUGUGGCUUUGCAGGGGAAACGGGGCCCAGGUUCAUAAUUCCCAGCGAGAUUCGGAAACCAGGACAGCAACAGGCCGUCAAAGUGGUUCAGUACAACAUCAACACAGAAGAGCUUUAUGUCAUCCUCAAAGAGUUUAUCCAUAUACUGUACUUCAGGCACCUGCUGGUGAACCCUCGCGACAGAAGAGUGGUCAUCAUCGAGUCCAUCCUCUGCCCAUCUCACUUCAGGGAGACGCUCACCAAGGUUUUCUUCAAACAGUUUGAGGUGCCGUCUGUGCUUUUUGCCCCAAGUCACCUCAUGGCCAUCAUGACUUUGGGCAUCAACUCUGCUCUGGUGAUGGACUGUGGCUACACAGAGACGUUGGUCCUUCCUGUUUAUGAGUGCACUCCUAUAUUGCCAGCUUGGGAGGCUUUGCCUUUGGGAGGGAAAGCCAUCCAUAAAGAAUUAGAUGGACUUCUUGUGGAACAAUGCACUGUGGACACGGACACCACCACUGGGCAGAGUGUACCAGCUGUCAUUGGGACCAUCCCAGAGGAGACUGUGGAGGAUAUCAAGGUCAGAACAUGUUUUGUCAGUGAUCUGCAGAGAGGGCUCAAGAUCCAGGAAGCCAAGUUUAACCUGGACGGUACAGCUGAGCGGCCAGCCCCUCCUCCAGAUGUUGAUUACCCUCUGGAUGGUGAGAAAAUCCUGCACGUCAAUGGAUCAAUCAGGGACUCUGUGAUGGAGAUCCUGUUUGAACAGGACAAUGAAGAGAAGAGCGUGGCCUCACUGAUACUUGACGCUCUGGUCAAGUGCCCCAUUGACGCACGCAAGGUGCUCUCCGAGAACCUGGUGGUGAUCGGAGGCACGGCCAUGCUGCCAGGUUUCCUGCACCGUCUGCUGGCAGAGAUACGCCUCCUGGUGGAGAAACCCAAGUACAGCAAUGUGCUGGCCAGCAAGAGCUUGCGCAUACACGCUCCCCCUGCCAAGCCCAACUGCACCGCCUGGCUCGGAGGGGCCAUCUUCGGGGCACUGCAGGACAUCCUGGGCAGCAGGUCAGUGUCACGAGACUACUACAACCAGACAGGCCGCAUCCCAGACUGGUGCUGCUUGAGCUCCCCUCCUCCUGAAUCUCUCUACGAAGCAGGAAAGACCCCUCCUCCACUCAUGAAGAGAGCCUUCUCCACAGAGAAGUAGAAUAUGCUGUAACAUCAUUCAAACAUUGUACUUUCCUUUACCUGAUAGAACAGUUCAGUAAUCUUAAAUGUAACAUCUCAACACAUACAGUAUCUUAUUAAUGUGUUAACUACAACAAGAUGUAAUGUCUAGGAGUCACACCGAUGUUUUUGUAUACACUGAUUGUGAGCUGUUUGAUGAUCAGGUGAGCUGGUUUCUGACCUUACCAGGCAGAGCAGAUAUUUCUGAUGAUUAGAGUGAUAGUCUUUCAGAUCCUGUGCGACAUGCAGCCAUGUCUCCUGUUUCAUUUGAAGUCUCGUAAGACGCUGAACUUGUACGUGCUCACUGUCACGCCACUUUGUUCUGGAUUUUGUUGGAAGUUAAACUAAAAAACACAUAUUCAGCAGAAAUGUUUUCCAAUAACAUGCUUUAGUCAUCUAUUUGUCAGGAAAUACUACAGGAAAUGUUAAUAAACUUCUGAGAAAUCUGACAUAAUCCGGUAUGGUGCAUAAUGACAUGUGGA